AUGACCUACGAAGCCGAGAUAUCGUUCACUCUAGACACCAUCUGUCCAUGGACAUACCUAGCAAAACGCCGUCUAGAAAAAGCCCUCGCCCAAAUCCCCUCCCCCUCUCCCGUCCACUUCACAAUCAAAUAUAAACCCUACCAACUCUACCCGAACGCCUCCCAGAACGGCGAAGACAAGAAAGCCUGGUACAAAACAACACGAUACGGAGACUCGGACGAAAAAAUGGAAAUGUACGAACAUGUCAUGCAAAAUUUCGGGAGAGCUGAAGGGAUCAAUUUCAAAUUUGGGGGUCUGGUUGCGAAUACUUUGCCUGCGCAUCGCUUGAUUCAGCAUUUUCAAGAGAGCAGGGGGCCGGAGAUUGCGGAUGGGAUGGUGAGGAGUUUGUAUCGGCAGUAUUUUGAGGGGGAACGGCAUCCGAGUAGUGAUGAGACGUUGCUGGCCGCGGCGAAGGAGGCGGGGAUUGAAGAGGCGGAUGCGAGGAGGUUUUUGGAGGAUGGAGAUGAAGGGUUGGCAGAUGUGAAAAUGAUGAUUCGAGAGCAGGCUGGAAAUGGGAUUGAUAGCGUGCCUUACAUAGUGUUUGAAGGCAGGAGAAGGGAUAUUACGCUAGAAGGAGCCAAAGAGGUUGAUGAAUACGUCAAGACACUGAAUCAGAUCAUUAAGGAAAGCUCAUGA